UGGAAGUUCCAUAAUUAUGGAUUAUGUAAAGAAGGGAGCAUGGUCUCCUGAAGAAGACCAAAAAAUGAUUGAUUAUAUCAUGCAAUAUCGUAUUUGGAAUUGGUCCCACAUGCCCAAAUUUGCAGGGCUAUCAAGAACCGGAAAGAGUUGUAGACUCCGAUGGAUCAACUACUUGAAGCCUGAUCUAAAGAAAGGACCUUUUAGCAUGGAGGAGGUGGAAAUUGUGUUUAGAAUGUAUCAAUCACUUGGAAACAAGUGGUCAGCUAUAGCUAAAGAAUUGCCUGGAAGAACAGAUAACGAAAUCAAGAAUUUCUACCAUACACAUUUAAAGAAGCACCAUGGGAGAAAAGAUGAAGUGAAACCUAAAUCAAGGAAGAAAGCCAAACAAUUAGAGAUGAGUAAUCAAAAGAAGCCUUUGAUAACUACUUGUCCAAAUAUUGAAGGUCCUAAUGAUCAAUCACUUGAUUUCACCAACUCCUCCUCCUCCUCUAGCUACAUCACAUUUGAUGAAAAUUAUGAAAUCUUGGAAACAUCUAAUCAAGACAAUGAUGUUACUUCAAUUGUCAAUCAAGUUCAUGACGACGAUAACAUAGUUAUAUUGGAGAGUAAUCCAGAGAGUAGUACGUCUUCAUCAUCAAGUAGUGUUGAUUUGCACAUAAAUGAUUUCAUGGAUGUGAGUGUUCAUUCAUCUAAUGUUGUUGAUUUCUGGUUGGAGCUAUAUUUGGCAGCGGAUAAUCUGAAGAUCUAAGUGGCACCGGAGGUUUAAUUAUGUUCCUUUUGAUGUCUUCUAAUUAGUUAGUAGUACUACGUACGAGCAACAUAUAUGUGGUAUGCAUUUCGAAUUCAUGGCCAUUAUGUUAAGUUUGUUGAA